AUGCGGCACGCGGUUCUCAUCGUUCUCAUCGUUGCACUUUUCUCGAAAUGCUCGCCUUUGAAUAUUCUAAUGUAUACUGCUGUCAUCGGACCAUCACAUAUCUCAUUUUUGGAUCAUAUCUCAAAAAUUUUGAUCGAAAGGGGCCACAAUGUUGAUGUGCUAUUCGCUCAUUAUAAUGAUCGAACGGUGUUGAAUCUGACGGCGGGAAUCAGACGAAAACACACGUAUGUGUUCGACACGCCCGACAUGUGGUAUUCGAUUAUGUCGCACUUGGAUAAUAUUUUCAGUCCGCCGACUCGCAUCUUUUUCGACAUGCGAGGAUUUGUGAAUAUGGGCGCAGAAUUGUGCAGAGUGGCCCUUCGCGAUGAUCGUGUCCUGAAUUUUGUGAAAUCUGGAAAAUACGACAUCGGCGUGACGACUGACUAUGAUCCUUGUCCGUUGAUCAUGUUCGAGGCCGCCGGAGUGCCCUCGGUCGCUACGUUGAUGCCGACUCCGUUGUUCCCCGGACAUCUGAUUGGCGCAGGUCUUCCUGCGCCGACAAGCAUCUAUGGAACGGCGUUCACCCCGAAACACGAUGGAUCGCUGUUCGACAAGACGUUCUACUUUUUGAAAUCGGCUUAUGUCAAUUAUAUCGAUACACCCGAUAAAUUCAAGAAAUUUAACGAAAUAGCUCGCUCGAAAUUCGGGCCCGGAUUCGCCGACGUUGCCGACCUCGAGCGAAAUAUUGAUGUAAUAUUUGUGAACGCGAACGAGAUCGUCGAAAAACCGCGACCAAUUUCGCACAAAAUCAAAUAUAUUGGGGGAAUCGGAAUGAAGGCGGCGAAAUCGCUCACGAGUCCGAUCAAAGCGCUUCUCGACAAACCGUCGAAUGGCACGAUAAUCUUCUCGUUUGGCACACAGGCGCCCACCGCGAAAAUUCCGCUCGAAAUUCGACGCAAUUUUGUGGAAGCGUUCAAAAAGUUUCCCGAUUUCACGUUUAUUUGGAAAUAUGAUCGGAUGGAUGAUGAUGACGGCAUUUUUGAGGGGGCCACGAAUGUUCAUCGGGUUCCGUGGAUUCCGCAAACGGAUGUUCUUCAAGAUGGUCGCGUGAAAGUGUUCAUCAGCCACAUGGGUAUGAAUUCGUUUUUGGAGACGGCGAGCGCCGGUGUUCCCGUGCUCGCAAUUCCGCUCUUCGUCGACCAAACCCAUAACGCCUUAAAUGCGGAAGCUCGCCAAAUGGGAAUUCUUCUCGAGCGACAUAAGCUAACCGCGGGGAACAUCGAAAACGCGUUGAAAAAACUGUUGAAUGAUGAGAAAUAUUGGAGAAACGCGCAAAGAAUCGCGCGAAUGAUGAAAGAGAAUCCGAAUCAGCCGAAAGAAACAUUCGUGAGAUGGAUGGAGUUCGCCGCGACUCAUCGAGGUCUUCAUCAGUCCUUCAAUCUUCCCGGAGCUCAUCUCGAUCCAUUCUUCUACUAUUCCGGUGACGUCAUCAUUCUGCUCAUCUCGAUUUUCGUCAUAUUCUCUUACAUCCUCUACAGAUUGUUAAGGACCAUCGGGUCCGUUAUUUGGAUUGAGAGGAAGGUGAAGACCCAAUAA